AGGCUCUAUCCUACGAAGUGUUUAAACUAAUUUGUUUAGAAUUUGAAGGAAAAAUUAGGUAAACUUUUCUGUCUAUUUUUUUAACUUAGCCUUCACCCCAAAGACUCAACUGUGAAUUUUAAGUGGAAUAAGGUGAGGGGCCACUCUCAUUGAAAAGACUCUUAAUCAGAUAUGAAAAUUACAAAAUACAUACAUAUAUGUAUUUGUGUGUGUUUACAUAUGUAUAUAAUUCUUCAUCAAGAAACCAUCAACACAUCCAUUUGUGUGUGUAUACAUAUUUCUUUCUCACCACGACGAUGUUUUAUCGGUAUCCUUGCAUUAGGUGCAAAUCCCUCUCUUCCGCUUUGCGAGAGAGGCUUUCCAAGUGCCCUCUUUUCGCGGGGAAGCUCUCGGGUCUGAGCUCCGAAACAGAGGAUGCUGCCUGUGAUUUUGAUGAAGAAGAUGAAGUUUUCGUUUCAGCGGUCAUGAGCAGAUACAUGGAGUCCAAAUGCAAGCGCAAGUCCGUGUUCGGGUCGGAUGCCUCGAGAUGGGCUCUCUCUCCGCAGCACUUCUUGCUCGCUCGAAAAGGGAGUUGGGAAUCGCGCAGCUCCGGUGGAAAUGGAGAGGAGGAGGAGUUUUCCAGUGCAGCUGCUCGGCUCACUAGGUGUUCGAGCGCUACGAGCUACGACACGUUUUUCUCGGUCAAGACACGUUUGUCGCGGUCAUCGAGCUUGAAAAAGAUCGAUUCUUGUAAAGAUUUUAGCAGGCGAUGCAUAAUUAUUCAAGAGCUUAUGCAGUAUGAAGGGUGGCCGUUUGGGCUUUGCAAGAAGGCAUUUUUGCUGCCUCCGCUGCCGAAGUCGCCGUCCGAUUCGUGGUCGUGGAGGAAGAACGCCGGGAUUGCCACGAGUGUCGGGUCGGGUUGGUGAAUAGCCGAUACCCGAACCCGUUUAAGCAGCCCCACAAUAAUACAUGGAUGAUAUAUUGAUACCUACUUUGCUUGAGUAUGAUUUGAGUUUUGUGAUUAAUUUUGUUUUAGUAUAGUGUUUACUAAAUAUAUCAAUUGGGAGUUGAGUUGGAUAAUUGAGUUUUUGGGCAAGGGAUAUCAUUUCUUUC